UCAUGGGAAAGGAUGCGGGGCCCGGAUUAAAGAAAAGCUCCUAGAAAGAACAACCACAGACAUGCUCAUCCCUGCCCUCCCCGUGCCUUGUUUGUCAUGCAUGCGACUGCGACCAUGGAGCUUAUGUAGUAUGUAAGUGGACGUGGGGUGAGCGAACAGGGGAAGCCAAACGCAGCACCAAACAUCCUCCGCAGGCCCAAAAGCGGUCGGACAUCAGCGUUGCAGCAGCAGCCCAAGAAGCAUCGUCACUGCUGCCAUCAUCGGCACAACGACACCUCCCCGGUCCUCUUCUCCCUCCAUCGCCCUCCCCGCCGGCAGUCGGCCCUCUCUCCCUCUUUUCCUCUUCUGUCUUCUUCUUCUUCUUCUUCCGUCUGACAGCUGCUGUAUACAUUCCGGGAGGUGCUCUGUUCCGAUUUCCGAAUCAGAAAAUUGAAUGUCUGGCACCAGCAGCGAUGAAGGCAGCCCUUUCAGGAAGCUCCCGGAUCAUCUCCUGAUAGAGAUCUUUAUUCGGGUUCCCAUUUCGGAAUGGGCGGGGAUAUCCUGCGUGAAGAAGCGGUGGGCCGACCUGUUUCGUGGGGAAUGCCUGUGGCAGGCUGCUCUCUCAAGGUCCUACCCUUUUGCGAGCUGCGCAAAGAGGUGGCCUGGGCCAAUCCCACGAGGCUUGAGUAAAAGGAGAUACAUUGCUCUAUACAUUAGUAAACAUAUGUUUGCCCUUGAUGGUGAUGUGGAUGAGAUUGUGGGUCAUGCUUAUCUCUUUCUUAAAGAACGGCUUGAACUUCCUGCCAUGCCACCUCCUUCGGGGAUCCUUCAUGGAACGAUGAUAGAUCAGUUCAUAGCUUGUGGCAAGUCGAGGGAUGCAGCACACGAGCUCGUCUCACAGAUUUGGCUCGCUGUCCUCGACAACUUGGAUGAGAACGAGCACACGUUUCUCUUGCUCAAGCGACUCGUGCUGGAGGCCGACGUCUUUCUCCCCUACCCAUACUCCAUAUCAAUCAAAGUGUGGUGGCGAGUGUUCGAGAAGCUAUUCACGGACUUCCGCGACUGCUUCAAGCACGGCGAUUACUUCGAUGUGCUGUCCAUAGCCAAGAAUAAGUUUCAGCCAAUACCCUCUGUCUGGUUAGGUUAUUAGUAUAUACUAGGAUAGGAUAGGAAAAGCUCCCUGUAUUGUUCUGUCUCUGAAAUUUAACCCGAUUCUGAGGUGUGUAUAACGAUGCAUGUAAAACUAAAGUAAUAGGCAUCACAACGUAGUGUAGCAAAAAUUUAUAAGUAACUUUUGCAA